CGAAUUUGCAGCAGACAGCUUGAGCCUUCAUGUCGCACAGGCUUACUGCAGAUAUAUAAACGGAAGAGUUCGUCAAGAAUAUGUCUUCUUCAAAGAUUUUGACAGCUAUUCGAGACAUAACAAGAUCAAAACAUCGAAUCGCAUGGUUGGUAGGUGGUACAAUAUCCUCUAUUGCUGGAGCAACUUAUAUUCUGGAAGACAAGAACGUAGAUAAAACUUCAUUAUUGGGAUUUGUGCGAUUAGGUCGGACUUUCGUGACAGUAACAUCAAUUGUGGUGGACUACAAAUUGUCGCUGUUUGGUAAGGAGCCAAGCAUGUCGGAUUACCAACCCACCAAGAAUAAUGUUCACCUUCGGUCAGCUAAGAAACUCCAUAGUUUGUGUUGUAAAAAUGGUGGAGUAUUCAUCAAACUUGGACAGCACUUAGGUGCAUUGGAUUAUCUCCUCCCAGAGGAAUAUGUCAACACACUGAAGGUUCUCCAUGACGAUGCUCCUCAGUCAUCUCUGGAUGACAUCAAGAAAUUGGUUGCUGAGGACUUAGGGAAGACUGACAACAUAUUCAAGGAGUUUUCACCAGUGCCAAUUGGCACAGCUUCUCUUGCUCAGGUCCAUAGAGCAACUUUGAUGGAUGGCACAGAGUUAGCGGUCAAGGUUCAACAUCCAAAGGUCAAGGCUUAUUCGGAAGUGGACAUGAAAUCGAUUAGUUUUCUACUGAACAGUGUUGCCUGGUUUUUCCCUGAGUUUGAAUUUCUUUGGUUAAGUGGGGAGAUGAACAAGAAUCUACCAUUAGAGUUGGACUUUGUAAAGGAAGGAAAGAAUGCGGAAAAAGUUGAAAAGCUGCUAAGUCAUUUUAAAUUCCUAAAAAUUCCAAAGGUAUAUUGGGAAUUAACAACUGAAAGAGUGCUAACAAUGGAGUAUUGUGAAGGAGGAAGAGUAAAUGAUCUAGAAUAUGUAAACAAGAACAACAUAGAUGUUAAUAAGGUUACAAGGGACCUUGGUAAACUGUAUAGCGAGAUGAUCUUUGUUCACGGCUUUGUACAUUGUGAUCCACAUCCAGGCAAUGUCUUGGUUUGGAAGGACUCUAACGGACAGCAAGAAAUAAUUUUGCUGGAUCAUGGACUUUACCUGACUUUACCAAAUGAAUUUCGAUUAAACUAUGCCAACCUAUGGCAGUCGUUGAUUGCAGCAAACUUAGAGGGAAUCAAACUGUACAGCCAACGACUAGGAGCUGGUGAACUUUACCCCUUAUUCGCAUGCAUGCUCACAGCAAGAUCAUGGGCUGUUGUGACACAUGGAAUUGAUCAAGUGGAAAGGUCAAGCAAAGAGGAUGAUAUCAUUAAAGCCAGCAUAAUAGAAUAUUUCCCACAGGUUUCCAAAAUUUUAAAUGAAGUUCCACGAGAAAUGCUGCUCCUUUUCAAAACAAAUGAUCUCCUACGUGGCAUUGAAUACGCGCUGAAAAUUCGUAAAGAUGCCAGCUCAUUUAUCAACAUGUCACGCUGUUGUGUGCGCGCUCUUGCGAUGCACGAAGUUGAGCAAUGUGAUGGAUGGGGAUGCUUUGUGCGUGUUCUAGUGAAUGCAAAUUACAAUCUGUUUAAGAUACGAGUGUAUGAAUUAGUAACACGCUUUAUGUCGUUACCGCUUAUGCAAUAUAUAUCAAGUAUACUUUGGACGAAGGAACCGUUUGAAGUACAGCCUACCAAAGUAUUAUUAUAACAGCAACAUGAACCAGUCAAUUCUACAGAACUGAUCAUAGUUAUUUUUAAUUGUUUAUGCCAAUAUAGUAUGUCAAAGGGGUCAAUAUUUUCCCCAUCAUUUUUGAGAGGCUGCAAAACACAUUCUCAGUAUAACAUAUACAGUACAGGAAAAAUACUGUAGCCUUGUGCUUAAAAUGGCUCUUUCAUCGGGCUGUAGUCUCACAGUGAACACAUAUAUGAUGUUACAUUGCAGCGAAUUAAAGGUAGUGAGGUCACAAUGUUUGUAUUUUCAUCAAGCAUUAAUUAUUAAUCAGCAUUUUAGAGAACCACUUUAAUUUAUGAUUAAACUUAACAUGACUAUAGAAGUUAAAACCAAAAUUUUGCAUAGCAAAUUCAUGCUAAGCACAUGGCAUGAAGAUUGUACUGGCUUUUAUAUUGUAAAAUAAGAUGAUUUUCAAUCUAAAAUGAAUAUCUUUAAUUUGCCUAAUUUUCAGAUACUGUAGGUUAUAGAGGUUGCUUUCAAUUUGCGCGGCAACGCAACUCUAGAACGGAUUCACUCAUCCGUGACAGUGCUACGUUCUCUGCACAACUUAGAUCAGGUGAAAUUGCAUCCUACGUAAUUACGUUCUAGGUCCUAUCGUCGUCGUGCAAUUGAAAGCUCUCUAAUGGUACAGUGGCAUCUUUUAAGAUAUAUUGGCAGGGAUUUUGAAUUGUAAUUAUAGAAAUAAAACAAAUUCCCGUUUAAUAAAUGAGCAAUAUAUUAUCUA